AUGGCGGAAGGCAGGUGCGGGAGCGGCGGUCCGGGCGCUGGUCCGGGCGGCGGUCCGGGCGCCGGUCCCGCGGGCUCGGGGCCCUCGGGCGGGGGUGCGGGCGGGGCCCCCGGGCCCGGGUCCCGGCGGGCCGCCCCGUCCGGCGCCUCCAGCGGCAGUGCAGGUCGGAACCUGAAGGAGUGGCUGAGAGAGCAGUUCUGUGACCACCCCAUCGAACACUGUGAGGACACAAGGCUGCAUGAUGCCGCCUACGUGGGAGACCUGCAGACCAUCAGGAGUCUGCUGCAGGAGGAAAGCUUCCAAAGCCGCAUCAACGAGAAGUCGGUGUGGUGCUGCGGCUGGCUUCCCUGCACACCGCUGCGCAUCGCCGCCACGGCGGGCCACGGCCACUGCGUGGACUUCCUCAUCCAGAAAGGGGCUGAGAUCGACCUGGUGGACGUGAAGGGCCAGACCGCCCUGUACGUGGCCGUGGUCAACGGGCACCUGGAGUGCGCCCAGAUCCUCCUGGAGGCCGGUGCGGACCCCAAUGGCAGCCACCACCACCGCAGCACCCCCGUGUACCACGCCGCCCGCGUCGGGAGGGCCGACAUCCUCAAGGAACUCAUAAGGUACGGGGCCGACGUGGACGUGAACCACCACUUGGCUUCUCGAAUCCCCGCAGCUUCCUCUCGACGCCUCACUUCCCUGGUGGUCUGCCCGCUGUACAUCAGCGCAGCCUACCAUAACCUCCAGUGCUUCAGGCUCCUUCUCCAGGCCGGGGCCAAUCCCGACUUCAACUGUCACGGCUCCGUCGACAUCCAGGGCCUCUGCAGGGGCUCCCCCGUGUGUGUCAUGGAUGCCGUGCUGCGUCACGGCUGUGAGGCCGCGUUCGUCAGCCUCCUUGUUGACUUCGGUGCCGACCUGAACCUGGUGAAGUGGGAGUCCCUCAAUGCCGAGUCCGGGGGAAGGACAAAAGUGGACCCAGAAGCGCUACAGAUCUUCAAGGAAGCCAGGAGUGGCCCUAGGACCUUACUGAAUUUGUGUCGUGUGGCAGUGAGAAGAGCCCUGGGUAAAUACCGACUGCAUCUGAUGCCCUCUUUGCCUGUUCCAGACCCCAUCAAGCAGUUUUUACUGUAUGAGCAGAGCUAAAAUCAGCGGGUGAUUCCGGGGACGAAUUUCCGGACUCCGCGGGUGAUCUGAAGAAAGUUGGUGCCAAUUCCCCAACCCUGCGCUUUCAAGCCCUCUGCUUCUCAGAUAUCUCCCAGGAUUAAGCUCAGAGGGUAGUUGUUGAGAGACCUCCUUCAUUUUUGCCCGCUGCAACUUGUAACCCAGGUACUUUUGACAAUAUGGUAGAGUUUACAGUGAAUGCUUUAGCUGGUAAUCUUCCCCCUACUCACAGGUUCAUCCUUGGAGAAUCUAAAGCAGAGGCAGGGCUUGCUGGACUUUCUCCCUUUAUGGCCCUGCUUGUAUUUUUUUCCAAGCCAGGAAGUUGAGAGUGCCAUAUAAUGACAUAAUCAGAGUGGCCAGUAUGUGUGUGCAUUACACAUAUUUUAAUGUUGCCGAAUUCCUCCUCCCUCAGUGGGAUAAAUCAGCUUUCUCACUAGGUACCGGGUGUUCAUUUCCCAAUGGCUAUCUGGAUUUCAGGGUUGUUUUCCCUGAGACCCCAAGAUCCCGAGGACAGUAAAAUGCCCUUGCAGACACUGGUGGCUGCUCAGCAGCUGUCCAGCGGGGAAUCAUCAGGUAAUGCUGUUCCCCCGGUAUUCCUUAAAAACAAAACAGCUUUCAGAGAGAGGCAUGUUAGCUUUGGGUGCUGUCAGAUUAAUUAUGAAAUGAGUGAUGGCCUGCAUUCAGGCCAGGAACUAUAUUAAACAGCACUCACUGCCAUCGGGGAGAGGGAAGAGCAGGGAACAAGCACAUCAGCACCUAAUAAACCUGGGUGCACGUUGGCAUGGUUAUGCACGGGAGAGCUUGGACAUAACCUCGGCCCAAUUUGGCUCUUCUGUGACUCGUGGGUUGAAGUGUCUCCGUAUAGCUCAUUUCCUAGCUUCAGUGCUGGGCAGUGAAAGGCCGAGAGAGUAUUGUAGUGGCCCUCAGCAAAGCUAUUUAUUGGGAGGGAGUGUGCGUUAAUGGAAAAGCACUGAUCUAGGCACCAGGAUACUGGGCUUCCAGUCCUAUCGCUGACCUGCUGUGAGACCACCUAACUUUACCCGUGCCUCAGUUAUGCCAUUUUUCAAAUGGGGUUGAUAAUACCAUGGGGUUGAUAAUACCAGGCCCCAUUGCAAAGGGAGGUGAAAGAUUACAUAUAAUUAUUAAUUCUUUCAAUUGUUAUUUGAGUGCUUGCUGUGUGCAGAGCACUAUGCUAAAUGCUUUAAUGUACCAUAAUGUAUUCUAUUAAUGAGAAUGCACUUUGGAAAAAUAAGAUAUAUAGAUUCAAGGCAUCAUUAUUCUAUUUCUUACCAACUCUGGUGGCAAUUAAAAUGGUCAUGAGCUUAUCAGAUGAUAGGGAAAUAGGUAGACACUUUGGGGGAAAUCCUGUUCCUUACUUUGACAGGGACAAAGGAAAUCUUCAUUAAUCCACCGAGCUUGUGUUUUGACUUGCUUUGGAGACCAAUUAAGGCCUAUGGUCUUCAGCAUUUAGUGCCGUGCCAGCCCUAUAGGAAGAAGGCAUUCUUUAGGUACCUAGGAACUUGAUUUUCAAAACCAAAGGAUAGGCCUCGCCCAGUGGCCUUUUGCAAAGACUGAAUCUGGGUUCUAUGGUUGGAAAUCCGCUGUGAGCUUAAGCACCAUCCCCAGACGUGUGUGACCUCAGGCAAGUCAUUUAGCUUCUCUGUACAUCAGUUAUUUACCUCAACUGUAAAAUGGGGAUGAAGACUGCGAGCCCCAUGUCGGGGAGGGAC